AUGGGUGGUUUUGACGAUCAUGGUGGGAUAAUUGGCGAUUGGAUGCCUCCGAGCCCUAGCCCUAGGUCUUUUUUUGCAGCUGUGUUGGGGGAUGAUCCUGGUUCAAGAUCAGUACCCGACCCUCCAAAAAACGAUACCAAUAAAGACACCGGGUUCACUUUCCCUGGACCAAAUCCCCAAAUCGGGUCUGAAAAUGGCGAUGCGACAAAAUCAACUAGAGCUGGUCAUAAUGCUCCUAGGUUGAAUACAGAGAUUAUAAAAUCUUCUGAUAAUUCACAAACUCAACAAUCUCCAUAUUUAUUUUCACCUGGUGUUAGCCCAACUUCUUUUCUGGAAUCACCUGUUUUCCUUUCCAACUCAUUGGUUCAACCAUCUCCAACUACUGGAAAGUUCCAAUUUGUUCCAAAUGGUAAUGGUAGAAGCUCCAUGAUGUUCUUGGAUUCCUCUAAUAGGCUGCAAAAGAAACCAUGGACCCUGAACUCAUUGACUUUGUUGACUGGCAGAAGGUGGCUGAAAAAAUGGCUUUCUUACAUCCUGUUGAAGUCAAACUUGUUCCCAUGUGUGCUGUCAUUUUUAUUUUUUCCUUCUUCUUCCAAAGAUCAUCAAGCAAUAGAUAUCCUUUUAGCAGAGAUCAAUAUAUAUGAGCUUUUUGCUUUGAAACAUUAUUGGGGAAGAAGAGCUUGAUGAGAGAAUGUGUGACCUAAAUCUUUUAUCAAAUUCUCACUUUUGGAGGUGGCCAUAAGAAAAGGAUCCACCAGGAACAGGAAAAACACAAACAAUUCUUGGGAUUCUUAGUGCCAUAUUACAUACCAACUAAGUCUCUU